AUGGCCGUCGUCUUAUCGUCCGAGGAGAACACCUACUUCUCCUCCAACUUGCGACGCUCACAUUCUCAACCCAAGUUUGUCACAAAACAGUCCGCAUUUCACCCAUCAACAACCUCGGCCAGCCACAUGAGCGACAACUUCAUGGACUCGAAGGCGUAUCCCGAUUCUGCGCCUUCCUCUGCUCCGUCAUCUCCCAGGAUCGCCCAUACUGAAUCCACCGAUCUGUCUUGCUCGUCGACCCCCGCGAGCAAUGUCUCGAUCGCUUCCGACUGCGACGACACAUUAGACCUCGCCGUGCACGCCAAUGGCCACUUUGUAUUCCCCCACUACGAGGAGUCCGAUUACUUCAAUCACCCGGAAGACCUGGAACCGCCAACAAGUCCCAAGACUGGCGACUCUUAUACCGUCUCGCCCGUCGACAACGACACCGAGGGUGACACUUCCAGGCCCAACACACCCGAGUUCAUCCUCGACGUGGAACACGCCGAGGACGACACGGCGGUCCGCGUGCAACCCUCGCGCCACGUCGACUAUCUUUCUCACAACUGGAAGGAGGAGGACAUCUGGUCGUCGUGGAAGUUUAUCGUGUCUAGGAGAUCCGAAUACAGCAACGCGGCCCGCUUGGAGAACGCAUCAUGGAGAACCUGGAUGAAGUCGAAGAACAAGCUGAAGACCGUCUCGCCAGAGACGCUGAACUGGCUCAAGGAUUGUGACGUGACUUGGCUCUACGGACCCUUGCAGACUGGUCCCAACACCUUGAACCCCAUCACGACGGAUCCAAACAGCGCCAGGCUCACCAAGAACAACUCGUUCGUCAACAAGAAGCCCAUCCUAAAGAAGAGGAGCAUGUCGGAAGUCAUGCUGCAGAGGUCCCUGUCUGCCUCUUCUCUGUUGAAGCAGGCGGCCGCGGCGGUCCAGGCUCAAGAAAAGGACGGACGGAGACGUCUGGCCCGGCCAACGCUGGAACGUGCCACCACCGAUUACGUUACGUUCCCCUUCUCAUCGAGGAGACUGAGCCGUGAAAGCUCCAACCUGUGCCCCUCGAGCACAUCCUCCGGCAUCAUCUCGCCCAGUAGUGAGAAGAAACACAUCCACUUCAACGAGCAGGUUUCGCAAUGCAUCGCAGUCGAUAUCAAGGGUGAUGAUGACGAAGACGAAGAGGCCGGCACUGAACAAUACGACAACAGCGAUUCCGACGAGUGCGGCGUCAUGAUGAAGAGGUCACGAACCAAGAAGAAGAUGCCUCUCCUCAGGAAGAAGUCGGUGAAGAUCGCAGCGGCUGCCGAGGGCAAGACCAUUGCCAUGCUACCGUCCACCACCCUCAAGUACCGCGAAGACACACCGGAGCCUCAAGAGACGGCGAUGAAGCACAGCACCUCCUACCGAAGCCCCAUCAUAUCCCCGUCGUCUUCUCAGGAGACUCUCCGGCCCUCAAAGGGAUCCGGAAAAUUCUUUUUCGACGAUGAGGACGAGGAAGAGAAUGCGGCGUCGAUGGGGUGGCAGUCGCCAACGAGAAGCGACGACAACAAAUCAACAGGCCUGCAACGAUCAUCGUCCACCAACAGUCUGAACGCCGAACCAGCUGGCAUGCGUCGGACCUCGUCAGGUAUGUUCAUGCCAUAUGAAGAGGGGGAAUCAUCUUCCAACGAAGGCAUCAUCGGCCGGGUCAUUGAUACAGUUAAUACAGCCCGGGAUAUUGCACAUGUCAUUUGGAACGUGGGAUGGAGGAAGUGA